UGCGCAGUGAAAUUGUGAAAUACUCUAGCGGUGCUCCAGCCACGGAUUUCCACAUUUUGUUUGUGAUAAGAUCCUCUUAAUUCUGUUCAUAAAAGUGGCAGCACAAGAAUAUGGCUGCAGCAGUGGAAUCCAUGGAUUUUGAGGCAGGUGUAGUGCCUGUAGCAGCAGAGAAUGAUAAUAUCUAUGGUUGUCUCAGUAACUUUAUUAUUGACAAAAAGAUUGGUAAAGGACAAUUUUCAGAGGUGUAUCGUGCUCGCUGUCGCCACAAUGGAAGUACUGUUGCUCUCAAGAAAGUACAGAUUUUUGAGAUGAUGGAUGCAAAAGCACGACAGGAUUGCAUCAAAGAAAUUGAUCUUUUAAAGCAACUGAAUCAUGCAAAUGUCAUCAAAUAUCUGGCGUCAUUCAUUGAAAACAAUGAGCUCAACAUUGUGCUGGAACUGGCAGACGCUGGCGAUCUUCAGCGCAUGAUAAGACAUUUCAAAAAGCAAUCUCGGCUGAUACCUGAGAAGACUAUCUGGAAGUAUUUUGUUCAGAUCUGCAGUGCCCUGGAACACAUGCACUCACGUCGUAUUAUGCACAGAGAUAUCAAGCCUGCCAAUGUAUUUAUCACUGCUCAAGGAGUUGUGAAACUGGGAGAUCUUGGACUGGGGAGAUUUUUCAGUUCCAAGACCACCGCUGCUCACUCCCUAGUGGGAACACCAUACUACAUGUCUCCUGAACGCAUUCAUGAAAAUGGCUACAACUUCAAAUCUGAUAUUUGGUCCUUGGGAUGUCUGCUGUAUGAGAUGGCUGCUCUACAGUCCCCUUUCUAUGGUGAUAAAAUGAACCUGUACUCUCUGUGCAAGAAAAUUGAACAAUGUGACUACCCCCCUUUGCCUGGUGACUGUUACUCUGAAGAGUUACGGAGACUGGUGGAUGCCUGCAUCAAUCCUGACCCGGAACAGCGUCCGACUGUUGAAUACGUAUACAACAUUGCCAAGCAGAUGUAUGCACGCACAAAUCCUCAGCAAGAAGCUGCAAAGUGAAGACAGCUCUCUGUUCCUCCAUUUCUUCUUGUUGAGCAUAAGUGCCCCCUCCCCAAGACCCACUCCUACACACAGUUCAGAGAUUUUGUGUAUCCAAACACUGGCAUCAUCUUGCUAAAGACUUGUUAAGCCAUGUAACAGGACCUGGAGUUUUAGUUAGCAUCUUCACUCACACCUUCCCUUUACAUUCUUGUUCUUGUAUAUCCUUUAGCAUUUUCCUUUUUUUCUUUUUAUUUAUCUAACAUACAACUUGGAGAAAACUGUUGCAGAUUAAUGGCUGUUGCUGUUUGUUGUGGAUCAAAAUGAUUGGUGAUAAUGGGAGCGGUGAUAAUGAGAAGAGAGAGAUUCUACUUUCUGUGAACAAAAAUAACCUCUCAAUUAGACUGAUGUUCAUGCAGUCAAGGUUUCACGUUUGAUACCUUCUUAGAACUUUCUUCCUAUGAUGAUCUGGCUGUUUUUAAUCAAUGUAAAGGUUGUGAUACAUUUGAUUCAUCUUCAUUGUUCCUUGAUUAGCACUAUGGCGUUUCAAGCAGUUACUUAAUAUUUUGCCAAAGUAUUUGAUAUCUUGUUAAUUAAGAGUGAGGAGUAAACUGUAGUCUUUUUCUGUUUCUCUGUUAAAGCAUGGAUUAUUUUAGUCCUUCUAACAUUUUUUGAGGUUUUUGGAUCGGAGCAGAAGCUUAAAAACUUGUUAAAAUAAGAAGCUUCAUCAAAAUGAGUGUUGAUGUUAAAGCUUAAAAUGGUUUGAUAUCUUUCUUUAUCAUGUUAUGCCUCUUGCCAUUUUCCAGUCUUUUCUCCACUAAGUAACUUAAUAAGAAAACUGACCAAGAACGCAGGCUGCAUUUUUUCCAGCAUGAGCUUAUCACUUAAUGCAUCCAUUUAUAUAUCGAAAUCCGUCCAGUUUUUGAGACCUAUUUUUCAGUUGCAAUACAUUCGAAAACAUGUCAUGAUCCUUGUGUAUUUCACUUUUAUUUUUGUAGGCUGCUGUUAUUGGCAGCUGAUUUCUGUGUGCUUCCUCACAUGCUUUGCCAGUAUAGUAUUAUUUGUGACUGCAGAGUUAGAGAGAUGAAAGUCGUUGGCUGCUAUUUUCCGUUUUGGUGAACGAGAAUCUUCUUUUGUAUUACUUAGGACCCUAUGAUUAUUUUGUUGCUGUGUGAAGCAGUUGACUUUGAUCAAUCAGUAUAUCUAGAAAGAGGUCUGCAUGAAUAAAGCAGGUGAAAAUUCCUGAUGUCAGCAGAUUUUUUUCAUUUAUUUGUACUUCAUGUCAUGCUCUGUUGGCAGGUUUCUGCUUAUACUCUCAGCAACUUUUUCCUUUGAGUCCCAGAACAGGACAUUGGAAUUAGUUCUGAUGGCCAGUGAUUAAUGUUUUUUAAGAGUGCCAGACUUGGCUCGUGAGAGCCAGCUAAUGUGCUUUAAAUACAUUUCCUCAUAAAUUCACUGUGAUCUUGAUGUAGAAGCUACUAAUGUUAUCAGGUACAAAGUCUGUAUAGUUAUCAUUGACAGAUUUUAUGUAUUCCGUGCUAUUGCAUCAGAGGAAUAUAACCACUGUAAAUGACUUUAUCUGAUGUGGGUGGAAACAAAAGGGAUGUGUAUUUUGUAACUUUUCCAUCCUGCGAUGUCUGACAAUUUUUGUUAUUGUUGUGGAUCAGUUCUUGUCAUUGACCUGAACGGUUGUGGAGAGGGGUGAAGAGAAGCAGCAGUUAAGGUCAUACAGUGACUUUUGACAUGGCAGCAGGCUAUGAUCAUGGUCUCUGUGUAGCUCAGAGGAAAUCCCUCUCCUUGAGCAGUUUGCUGCUAAUUUUAUCUGUUUAAGUGGUUGGCAUUUACCUGGCUUUAGUUACAAUUGCUGUGAUUUCUGAAUGCAGGUAUUCCUGCAGAAGUAGUCUCGGGUCACUGGCAGCCCAUAAUUUAAGAAAAAAGGGUACUUGGAUCAUGAAAGCCAACACUGAUGGGCUGCUAUUUCUACUAAGAUAGAUGCGAACAAUGAAGCAUCAACUGUAAAACAGUUUGAUCUGUAACUCUUAUUUACAAAUUUAGUUUCCAUUACAUGCAAGUUGGGUUCAUCAGGAUGACAAAGAAUAUUCACUUCUGUCGUGCAGCAGGUUGCAAUGUCUUUAAGUUUGUGUAAAUAUUACACUUGCAUAUAUAUUUUGUCAUUAGUCACAGGAUCUAAGGAGUGAUACAAAGGCAAGAUUUUGUCUGCUUUGUCAGUAGUCAGUGGGAAAAGCUCAGUGGUUAAAAGAGAUUUCUGAACCAGGGGGCCUGCUGGUUCAAUGCCCAUGUGGAGCAGCAAAUUUCCCUCUAACUGGGUUAGUGGUCGGGAAUCAGUACAAGGCUCUUCUUACAUGGCUCCUUAGAGGGGUGGGAAAGAUGAGGCAGUGAGCAAGAUGAGAUCGGCCCUGCCCUCCCAAAAAAAAGUAAGGUCUAUAAAACCCACUAUCCAAUGACCAAGAGAUGAGUUGACAAGUUUUUGUUUUUUAGUCAAUAGUGUGCACUUCACUGCAAAUUCCAUUCCACAAUAACAAAUCUAUUAUUUUUCUUUUUUAAGCUGUUAACAUUGAUGCAUUCCUCGUCGAUUUGUAAUGUCUGAGAGUAGGAAAAGACUUGGGGCUCUGACCUUCUUAGGUACUUGGUCACAAAAAACAUUUGUAAAUACAAAUUUAUAUAUAUGCAUAUAAAAAGAGACCAAAAAUGUGAGAGGUAAUUAGUCAUUGUGCAUCACCAUUUAACAUGAAACUAAAGAUUGAUCCAAGUUACUUUGUACUCAUUAUUAAAAUCCUUUUGAUGUACAUCACAAAGGCUUUCCUUAAUCCCUUUUAUCUUUCUGCCCAUCCUUAAUGCGUAGGAAGCCAUCAAAGGACAUUUACCAUAUACAUUUUUGCAAAUAUAAAAUUGAUAGGUGUCUAUAAGUAGAGGCGAUUUGCAUCAUCUUUUUGUGAUGGAUCAAGAGGAUGGAUUUUAGGUGUGGGCAAUGAUUUUUUAACACCACCCUGUACUUUGUUUCUGUGAUUCUGUACACUGUUUUGAUGUUGUGGUCAAAUCCUAUAGGCAGUUUAUUCUGCCAUGAAAAAAAGUGACUGAAAUAUUUGUCAGUUUUUCCAUUAUACUAGUACAUGUGUGUGCACUGUGAAUUGUAUUACAAGUACUUGUUGAUGUGAAGCCAGUUUUAGCACAAUCUUGCUCUUUGAAGCCCAACACACUCCUGGCUCUUGCCUGAAGAAAGUUUCAAUAACCUCUUUCUAAGUAAUGAAGAGUGUGAUAAAGACUCUUGAAGAGUGCGAGUCUCUCCAAUAAAGAAGAUCGCAUCUAUAUGAUUCUUUAAAAGUUAGGAACCAAUAGUAAAAAUGAUUUUUAUUGGUUAAAAGUUCUAGUAUAUGUUGA